GCGCAACAGGGCUGUCUGUGAACUCGGAGCUUGGACUUUAAGCGGUUCGUGACAGCCCUAUUUAAUACUUGACUUUACACUUUUACCCACGCAUGACGCCACGAGGGGACUCGGUGGGGUCGGCCUGAAAACUUUCCCCUGCCAUUGGUGUUUCUGAAGGAACAGGUGGAAAGUUCUGCUGCUUUUACUGAUGAAAAACCCAUGGCAGGACUGAGAAGGAAUAGUGAACAUCCCUCCUACCCUGUCUUACACUCCUCUCCUGUAAACCUCCAUCUUCUGGACUGUUUCACGAGGAUAUUCAGUUAUGCCGAGCAGAAAGCAAAGUAAAAUCCAUUUCUCAGCUUUGACCAUGUGAGCUCUGAGGUAGCUCUCUUAGCUCUGUUGUUUUUUGGCGACUCUUUCCAGUUGCCGGUAAUGUAGUAAUUCAAGUGAUAUUAGAAGCGUUUGGUGUCAUGAUGGCCGCUGCCUCCUCGCCUGAGAAGCUGCUGCAGCUCGAGGAGAUCGACUCCAGCCGAGCUGGUAGCUGCAUUCUCUCCCCGAUCCUCGGCUCCUCUUCUCCUGGUCUGUCCCAUGAAACAAGCCAGCCCAUCUGUAUCCGCUCACCAUAUACCGACCUCGGCCAUGACUUCGCCACCAUACCUUUUUACAGUCCAACUAUCUUCAGCUAUGGUGGUCCGAGCAUUUCUGAAUGCUCCUCUGUCCAUCAGUCUCUGAGCGCCUCUUUAUUUUACAGCCGUGUGGGGACGCCCAUUACGCUGCACUGCCCGCAGGGUCGAUCCCAGCAAGGCCAGUCAGCCCAGACUCCGUGGGACAGUGUUAUAACAACCAGCAAGAGUGUGAGGAGGCGCUCCCAGGAGAGCGAGGAGAGCAUGGCGUCUUCAGGUGGGAAGGCAGACCUCCACUACUGUGCUGUGUGUCAUGACUAUGCUUCAGGCUACCACUAUGGAGUCUGGUCGUGUGAGGGGUGUAAGGCCUUCUUCAAGAGGAGCAUCCAAGGACACAAUGACUAUAUCUGCCCGGCAACCAAUCAGUGCACUAUUGACAAGAACCGCCGCAAGAGCUGCCAGGCAUGUCGCCUUCGCAAAUGCUAUGAAGUUGGCAUGACCAAAUGUGGUAUUCGAAAGGAGCGUGGAAACUACAGGAAUUCGCAGGCAAGGCGGCUAACCCGUCAAUCCUCACAGUACAUAACAGCUGAACCAAAGGGCAUAACUGGACCAGCUGAAGGUUCAUUAAAUGAGCCCGAAAAACCUGCACUGACCCCAGAGCAGCUAAUUGAGCGGAUAUUGGAGGCGGAGCCGCCAGAUAUCUACCUCAUGAAGGACGCGAAGAGGCCGCUGACCGAAGCAAGCAUCAUGAUGUUGCUCACCAACCUGGCAGAUAAAGAGCUGGUUCACAUGAUUAGCUGGGCCAAGAAGAUUCCAGGGUUUGUGGAGCUUAGUCUCGUAGACCAGGUCCAUCUGUUGGAGUCCUGCUGGCUGGAGGUGUUGAUGAUUGGACUGAUGUGGAGGUCAGUGGACCAUCCAGGAAAACUCAUCUUCUGCCCUGACCUCAGCCUGAGCAGAGAAGAAGGAAACUGCGUCCAGGGCUUUGUGGAGAUCUUUGACAUGCUGAUAGCUGCCACAACCAGGGUGAGAGAGCUCAGGCUGCAGAGGGAGGAGUACGUCUGCCUCAAGGUCAUGAUCCUCCUCAACUCCAACAUGUGCCUCAUUUCCUCAGACGGCAGCGAGGACCUGCAGAGCCGGUCCAAGCUGCUGCGCCUCCUGGACGCUGUGACAGAAGCUCUGGUGUUGGCCAUCAGCAAAACCGGUCUCACCUUCCAGCAGCAGUACACCCGCCUGGCUCACCUGCUCAUGCUGCUUUCACAUAUCCGUCAUGUCAGUAACAAAGGCAUGGACCACCUCCACUGCAUGAAAGUGAAGAACAUAGUGCCUCUCUACGACCUGUUGCUGGAGAUGUUGGAUGCCCACAUCAUGCACAGCUCUCGUCUGCCUCCUCAGCCUCCUCAGCAGGAGGAAGAUCAGAGUGAGGCUCCUGCCCGGCUGCACAGCUCUGCAAGCGGACCUUCAAAUACCUGGACUCCCAGUAGCGCUAGAGCUGGAGGUGAACCCCAGUAGUCAGAUCAGAAUUCCGAUGCGAAAGAAUUUUCACUGCUUUGCACAAAACUAGUUCACGGGAAUGAUGAGUAUCUUCACAGGAAUGAGAGCUGGAUUCUCUGAUCUGUCACUGGUGAAUCUUUGACACGCUGCGCACAGUUUCUGGUGAACUUUCAAUCUCUUCAAAGUUAACCGCAUGGAGCACAGAUCACGCUUUCAGGAUUCUUUGCUUUUCCACUAUAUUGGCAAAAGACUAAAGCGAAACAGGAACAAACUGUCAAACCUGGUCACUCAGCUGUACUCAGAUAUGUGACAGGACCAUUAAAUCAGUCAGUCGACCAAUGAAAACCCAUGCAGAAAAACGGAUCACAGCUGAUUUGAUCACACCUCCCAAUGACAGUAUGUCUUUUUAAACUGAUUAAUCAGAGCCUGUACAGUUUGCUGGAACAAGCAGCUUAUGUGUAACUGAUUCCCAAAAACAAGCACCUGCAGAAAACUCACACUUUAACUCUGAGUUAAAGAAAUCUUAUACUGUGAAACUUACAGUGCUCACUGGCGUGUUUUCUUCAACAAAGCUCAGUUUGUGUUUCGACUUUGUGUGUGUGGAUGUUUUAAUGCUUAAGUGGCUUUUCUAUACACAUGGACUUUAAUGUCGAGGCUGCAACAAAAGACUGUUGUUACUGAUUAUUGCUGAUUACUUAAUCAGUUUAUUGUUGGGUCUAUGCACUAAAACACUUAUGAUUUCCCCACAGACCAGGGCCACGGCUUCAUCUGCUAAGUUUUGUCCAUCCCACCGUAGUUUGUACCCAUGUUUAGACAACCCAAGGAAUUAUGACACAUACAUAAGAUAAUACUUUAUAUCCUCGUGUAAGGGAUUCAAAUUUCAUGAAGACUGCAGUAUAUCAUCACCUUAUAACACAAAGAUAGUUAAACUUCUGGGAUAUCAAUCUGUCCACUUAAGAAGCAUAAGCCAUUGUGAACAUCAGCUUUGGUGCAACCAGUUUCGCUGUCUGUGCAACGAUGCAACCCCCCCAACAUGAACUGGUUUGGCACGUGGUGGCCUUGGACCACUUCUCUCUCCUUAUGCCUCCUUACAGAUCUUUCUCUGGUGUCACUUUUGACACAACGCAGCGCCUGCUGCACAGGCAGUCUUACUCCUCCAGGAUGGCACAUUCAUACUCGCUGUUACAAGAAGGUUUGCCGUGUCUCCAGGAGGAUGAAUACUAGGAGACGGGCAAUUACCCAAGGAGAGCUGGACAGGACAGUAAGAGGGGUAUCAAUGCAGCAGCUGAACUGAUAUCGUCUUCUUAUUAUUGUGAGGAAGAACAGGAGGAGCCCUAUAAAAUGACCUCCACUGGACUAUUCGUGAGCAUGUUCCUGGCCAAACUGUCAGAUGGUUGAUAACGCUCAUGCCACCGCCUGCAAAACCAUUCCCUUCUUGCAGGGGUUGCCAUUUACACCAAAGCAGGUGAAAUAGAUUGAUGAUGGAUUCUGCUUCCUGACUGAACAGAUUGAUGUCCCUGAAGUUUACCUGACUAUCUCUGAUAUUGUGAUUAUUGAGCGUGUAUAUGAUCAUUAAAGGCAGUAUUUGCACAAAGCAGUUACUUUGUUAGCAUCUCAUGUAUUUGUUGAAUCGCUCACAGAGUUGUUUCAUCUGGGUUAAAAUUAACGAGAGAACUCCAGCUAAGAAGGUGAUUUCUAGCAGAACUUAAGCUAAUUGGCAGUGAAUGUGGCAACUCUGAUUUUCUUCUUUAGCUUAAACAGACAUUAAAACAAUUCCUCAACUGAAUGCUGAUUUUUUUGUUUUUGUUUUUGUUAAAUACAGUUAUUUGAAAAAGAAAAAUAUCGAGCUGUGUUGAGCUGGUGCCUUCACUUGCUCUCAAUGUCUGUGCUUUAUUGUCAAAGAUGCCUUACUGUUGCUCUUAUGCCAACGUAGCACUUCAAAAAAAUUUCUAUUUUUGUAGUUUUGAACUUGCUACAGUUGCUCUUUGUGACAUGAUGCAGCUUCAACAAUCAGGAUCACUGCAAGGUUCAUCAAACAGAGGCUUCUGGACCCUCUGGACUCUGGUCUUUCUGUACAGCCUGUGCUUUUACUCUCAUCAGCCUUUGUCACCAAACUGUUUAAGCACUGUGCACAGGUACUUCUUGUUCAAUUCUGGGGAAAAUGUUUGAUGAAUGUAUAAAUCAGUAAAACAAUACGAAAGAGGAGCCUUUGUCUUAUUUGUUAUUUAUCAAACGCCGUGUUUUGCCAGCUUGCAAAUGAUCAGCAGAAGUAAAUGUUAAUGACUAUUUAAUUUUGAACACUAUCUUUAGACUACAAAAUUAUUUUUUGAUAAAACAGAGAUACUAUAACUACCGGUAGGUAAAUUUUAAUUUGGAAAUUAAAAAAAAAAAA